GAAUGCUGAUGUAACUAAGAGUGCGUUACAUUUAAUUUUUGGCAAAGGAUUUUAAAUGAGGGGUGGCUCAGAUGUUUCACUCACGACAGAGGCAUGAGGAUGAGGAGGAGGACAAGUUCACUGUAGCAUUGCUCGACUGUGUUGUUGUGUUUGUGUGUACCUAUGUUAAAAUAACAGCAACAACAACUAAGACUGAAACCAGAGCUCCAUAAUAAGUGAUUCUUCUUGUUUUUUCUUGUGUCUAUUUCCCCGAGACAAAGGGUUAAAGGAGGUUGAACUUGAAAGUUGAAACUCGAAACUUUCUUCUGUUCUGUCUUUAACACAAAAAUAUAUAGUUAUAAUUUUUCUGGCUCUUUCUGAGGGGCUAUUUUUAGCGGGUUGAAGUUGAAGCUGUAAAUGCCGCUGAGAUAGAUUUACAUGGGGAAGAAGGGAAGUGGUAGUUCGUGGUUAACCGCUGUCAAAAGGGCAUUCAGAUCUCCCACCAAAGACAGUGACAAAAGAAGUGGCAGAAGAAGAGAAGACUGUGAUCAAGAAGAAGACGAAGAAAAGAAGAGGGAAAAGAGAAGAUGGAUUUUCAGGAAGACUCACAUGAGUCACGAAGGAGUGAACAACAACAGCAACCACACUACUCAACAAAAGGUGCAGCAUGAUGUGGCAGCAAGUGGGGGUGGUUCAAGGACAGACCAGGAUCAGAAGCAUGCACUUGCUGUGGCCAUGGCCACCGCAGAAGCCGCCAUGGCCACCGCUCAGGCGGCGGCGGAGGUGGCAAGGUUGUCCAAACCUGCUAGCCAUGCCAGGGAGCAUUUUGCUGCUGUUGUGAUCCAAACUGCUUUCAGAGGGUAUCUUGCUAGAAGAGCGCUUCGUGCACUGAAGGGGUUGGUGAAGUUGCAAGCUUUGGUUAGGGGUCACAAUGUUAGGAAGCAGGCAAAGAUGACCCUUAGGUGCAUGCAGGCUUUGGUUAGAGUUCAAGCAAGGGUUCUUGACCAACGCAUAAGGUCUUCACUUGAAGGUAGUAGAAAAUCCACUUUCAGUGACACUGCUAGUGUUUGGGACUCACGGUAUCUUCAGGACAUUUCAGAUAGGAAAUCAAUAUCAAGAGAGGGAAGCAGCAUUGCAGAUGACUGGGAUGAAAGGCAUCAUUCAGUUGAAGAAGUGAAGGCCAUGUUGAUGCAGAGGAAGGAAGCUGCUGCAAUGAAGAGGGACAAGACCUUAUCUCAAGCCUUUUCCGAACAGAUUUGGAGGAAUGGUAGAACAUCAUCAAUUGGAAAUGAAGAUGAGUUGGAAGAGAGACCAAAAUGGCUAGAUCGGUGGAUGGCCACAAAGCCAUGGGAGAAUAGAGGAAGGGCUUCAACUGAUCAAAGAGACCCCAUUAAGACUGUGGAAAUUGACACAUCUCAGCCUUAUUCAUAUCUAGGAACCAAUUACAGAAGAUCACAUCCAAAUUAUCAAUACAACCCAAACCAUCACCAACCACAAAGGCAUUCCAUUGCUUCCCCACUCCAUAGAUCUCACCAAAAUGGAUCCUCCCUUCACCAAUCCCCUGCCACCCCUUCUCCUGCCAAAUCAAGGCCUAUCCAAGUCCGGUCGGCUAGUCCACGUUGCGUUAGAGACGACAGAAGCUACCACACCUCCCAAACACCAAGCUUGAGGUCUAAUUACCACUACACAGGAAACUUGUACCAAAAUGGAAGGAUUGUUUCAACUGGAACUAGUAGUGGUGGUGCUACUGCUACAUUGCCUAAUUACAUGGCGGCAACUGAGUCUGCAAAGGCUCGAAUUCGGUCGCAAAGCGCGCCGAGGCAGAGGCCAUCCACACCAGAGAGGGACAGGGUUGGAUCAGCAAAGAAAAGGCUUUCUUUUCCUGCUCCUGACCCUUAUGGUGUGGGAGUGAGUUAUGGAAACUAUGGACAUAGUUUAAGGAGUCCAAGCUUCAAGAGUGUGAGUGGAUCACACUUUGGAGGGUUAGAGCAACAAUCAAACUACUCCUCUUGCUACACUGAGAGUAUUGGUGGUGGUGGUGGUGAGGUUUCUCCUUCUUCAACUGGUGACCUUAGGAGGUGGUUGAGAUGAUUUGUUGCACUUUAAUGAGAAGAAACAUGACCGGACCCAUUAUUAGGCCAUGGCCAUAAUUCACUUCAUAUUUGAUUUUUAUUUGGGUUUUUUGUGAUGUUAGAGUUAAUUUUAGUUUAACCCUUUCUCACCACCCCCCCCUCCCCCCCCUCCUCAAAAGAAAGUUUAUUUAUUUACCCCCGAGUGACCUGAAUCUGAUGUUAGGAGCCAGAGAAGCAAGCAAGUACCCUUUUCUUGCUAGGAAACUCAGAACAAUUUAAUGUGUUCGUUUAUCAUUCGUCUUUCAUACUUUUCUUAAGAUGCCAAGAUAAAAAAAAAAUAUAAAGAAAAAAAAGGAGCCAUAUGUGGUGGCCUACCUCACUUGGGAUGUUGUGUUGAUGUUUGAAAGAAUUGCCUAGACCAUCUGAAUAGCUUUUAAUGGACUGUCCUGUCACAAUAACAUGUAAUUUUUCGUAUUCUAGCGAUUGCCUUUAAUUAGCAAAAAAUGUACAACUUUUUUUC